GCUGCUCUUCCGGCGUUCAAAGCCCAUGAGCGAGUUCCAAAAAAAAAAAAGAAAAAUCCCAUGGGCGAGCCCACUGGCGGGCUCGUCCAGAUCCGCCGCCGCCGCCGCCGCCGCCACCUCUAAUCUCUCUCUCAGCCAGAUUCGCCACCACCGCCGUCCAGCUUCCCACAUGCCAGUCCCCAAAAAUUUCUCCUUUCCCCUUUCCGCUGCCCACAACUGGUCGCCCGAUUCGUCGUCGCGCAACCUAGCUCGUCGGCGCUCGCCCCUGCUACGUCUAGCGGUCGGGAUUGAUAGCGAUCGGAAUUGCUGUUGCGGAUGCCUCGAUUUAUCCGGACCCGCUGGCGUAAUCGCAAGCCCUGGAAACCGGGUGAGCGCGCCAUCGCCGCUCUCCGCCCGGUCCACCGCUCCCGCCUCAGCUCUGCCAUAGGUAAGAAGAGUUCAUCCCUGCCCCUGCGUGCGUCGUCUUAUAGUGAUGACCGCGUCAGUGCCCUCGCCGACGAUCUGCUGCUCCUCAUCUUACGCCGCCUGGAUACCCGCAGCGCCCUCGCCACUGCAGCCCUUUCAAAGCGCUGGGCUAGCAUCCCACGCGAGCUUGACGCCCUCAGUUUCAGUGUCAACGAUAUUCUUCCUCGGCGCUACCACCAGUGCAUCAGGAUCCACAGGGAAGCCAAUUUUAAUGCAUAUGGCUACUUCGCUAAUUUCAGGGCGCUCUGCGCCAAUGUUGUGCGUUAUGAGCGACAUGCCAUGCGCUCCAUGUCCAUCUCCAUCAACAACUUACUGGAUGCGGAUGACAUCCAUGACAAUGACCCUGAUGGCCGAGGUUUGCGGAGUGUUUCUACACUGAGAGUUGAGUUCUUUGCUACCUGGCCCUCCUCGGGCUGCAUCAACCGCUUGAUAGCCAAGGCUGUGGACACUUGGGGGGUUAAAGAUCUCGAGGUUUCAGCGAAGUCUACAUUCUUUAGGCAGGAUUCCCACAGUUUUCCUCAUCAUUGUCUCUGCAAUGAUCCGCACAAGUCUCGCCUGCGAAGCCUGAAGCUAGCAGCUUGCCAUCUUCCAGUAUUGCAGGACUUCUGCACACUCACCAGUCUGGUCUUGCAAGGUUUGCCAGACUCAACUCCAACUGCAGCAUAUGUGGCUGUGUUCACCUUGUGCCCACAGCUACAAGCAGUGCACAUCAAGUCUUGCAAUAUCAAGCAAGGUGAUAUGGCUGUCCAUGCCCCCAGAUCAGAGAUUAAGCAGCUUAUCAUUGAGCAUUGCUAUUUUGGACGGUUCAAGCUGCACACUCUCCCAAUGCUUGAAAGCAUGGCUGUCAUUGACACUUCAGUGUCUUACAAUCUUAGCUCCUUCCCAUGCCUCAAAUACUUGAAUAUUACCCGAUGCUAUGGCGUCUUCAAAAGACGUAGAGUUCCCUGUAUACCUGGUUGGAACCUCAAUAUGUUUCUUGGGGGCAACCCAGGAAUAACUGAUCUUGUUGUCCGCUUUACUGGAUAUGAUAGAUGGUUUAAGACAUGGAGCUCCGCACUGUUGUUACCUAAACUCAGGAGGCUCCUGAUCGCUGAUGUGCCUUCAUCCUGGGAUGUUUCUUGGCCCCGUCUCCUCAUCGAAGCGGCACCGUGCCUUGAGAGCCUUCACAUCCAUAUUAGCCGUUGGGAAGAGGAUCCUUGUGAUGACAUCGUAUGGCAAUCCCCUAAGUUCUGCCACAAUCAGCUUAAGGAGUUGGUGAUAACUGGUUUUGAAGGAACAGAAAGACAGAUUUACUUUGUUAGCUUUGUCAUGAAAGUAGCAACAAAGUUGCAGUCUGUUUCUUUGUUAAAAAAUGGGCUUGUUCAGGGCAGAGGCCAUUGGGACUGGGACAUGGUGAAGCAGCAACACCAAUGGGGCAAUGAAGAAAGAAUCAACAUACUUAACCAGAUUGCUAAAGAUGUUCCUUGCUCAACAACUCCUGUUCAAGUGGUUCUGGAGUAACCUCCAACAAGUGUCAGUUAAAAAUGCACAAGUUAUGUGUAUGCAUAAUGGUGCUCCCAAUUUGACAGAUGUAAUGUUUGCAUACUUGUAAUUCAACAAUACAUUAUGCCUAUUAGUAUUCAGUUUCCAGUUUAUUUCUGUGCUA